AUGUCAAUCCUCUGUGGCCUUCCAGUCCUUGAAUGUGUGUACUGCCUUGGCUGUGCUCGUUGGCUAUGGAAAAAAUGCCUAUACACUGCUGGUCAUGAAAGUGAGAACUGGGGCUUAGCCACAGCUGAAGAAUUUGAGCCCGUGCCUCACAUUUGUCGCCUAAUUCUAUCUGUCUAUGAAGAUGAUCUUCGGAACCCACUUUGGGCGCCGCCAGGAGGCUAUGGUAUUAACCCUGAUUGGGUAGUUGUAAAGAGAACUUAUGAAGAUACAGGGGGGUGUGCUGCUCCUUAUAUGAUUUACCUCGAUCAUGAUAAUGCUGAUAUAGUGUUGGCUAUUAGGGGACUUAAUUUGGCAAAGGAAAGUGAUUACGCUGUUCUACUUGAUAAUAAAUUGGGGCAGACCAAGUUCGAUGGUGGUUAUGUGCAUAAUGGGCUACUGAAGGCAGCAAAGUGGGUUUUUGAUUCAGAGUGUGAGCUUUUGAAAGAUUUGGUUGAGAUGAAUCCAGAUUAUAGGUUGACUUUUGCUGGACACUCCUUAGGUGCAGGUAUAGUAUCAUUGAUAGUAAUGUACGCUGUUCAAAAUCGGGAUAGAUUGGGGAACAUUGAGAGGAAGAGGAUCAGAUGCUUUGCCAUGGCUCCUGCUAGAUGUGUGUCACUGAAUUUGGCUGUGAGAUAUGCUGAUGUUAUCAAUUCUAUCGUGCUUCAGGAUGAUUUCUUACCUCGGACAACCACUGCUCUGGAAGAUGUUUACAAAUCAAUUUUCUGUUUGCCUUGUCUGCUAUGCCUAAUGUGCUUGAAAGAUACUUGCACUCUUGAGGAGAAGAUGCUUAAGGAUCCAAGGCGGCUAUAUGCACCUGGACGCCUAUACCAUAUCGUUGAGAGAAAGCCCUUCAGGAUAGGAAGAUUUCCUCCAGUUGUCAGAACAGCAGUCCCUGUGGAUGGGCGCUUCGAGCACAUAGUUCUCUCAUGCAAUGCAACUUCUGAUCAUGCCAUUAUCUGGUUAGAGAGGGAAUCUCAAAGGGCUUUUGAUUUGUUGCUGGAAAAAGAUAGGAUCAUGGAAAUUCCAGCACAACAGCGGAUGCAGCGGCAGCAGUCUCUUGCACGAGAGCACAGUGAAGAGUAUGAGGCAGCACUUCGGAGAGCUGUUGCUUUGGACAUCCCACAGGCAACCUGCUCAUCAUCAUAUGGAACGUUUGCUGAAGCGGAAGAAGGGGACGGUUCCGGCAGCUCUAGUGGGACAGGUUCGUUGUUGUCAUUUAAGAAAAUGAGGAAACGCUGGGAUGACUUUAUAGAGCGUCUUUUUGACGUGGAUGAAUCUGGCCGAAUGGUGUUCAAGUCAUCCGCAUAG